AAAACAACACAAUCACUGGCAUGUGACAUGACUAAAUUCAAAACUAUUUAACCUUUAUUAAGAACUAGAGAGGCACAAUAUACACAACUAGAAAAUUCUGAAUAUGAAGGGAGGAGGUUAGCAUAAUGGACUUUUUUCUUCAAAUUAUACCAUCAGCAGCUGAUGUUCCUCUUGGCCCAUAAAUGUUUAUGGAAUAUAUAUCAACAUUGAGCAAAUUUGAAAAUAGGUUUGUCAAAUUUUUCAUAUUAAAUCUCAGUUACAUAGCCUAUAGGCCACAUGGGCUAUUUAAUAAUGAUAUAAAUCAUGUCCAUAGUUAACUCAUGAUUAAUCACAAACAGCCGCUUAUUUAAAAAUAAAACUUCUUGCUUUACCUUGACGGUGUUUUUGUCCUUCCUGUUUUUGUGAUAUUCAUCAAGUAUUUGGGUGGACAAAUAUGAUUCAUUUGUUUAUUUCUGUUUCAAAACUGCACAGAUGGGACUAUCUGACCUCACAGAGGAAACUUUAUUUUACUUGAGAAAGAUGUUUUAAGAUGAACUUAUUAAAAAAAAUCUUCAAACUCUUCAAGGUUUAUUUUUAGAUGAACAACCUUUAACACUGUUCAGACUUAUUUUUUGAUACAAGUCACAUGAACAGGCUGAAUACAAGGAUUUUCCCUUUGUUGCAUUUACAGGGUGUCCGCGGGGUUUUAAAAAGUAUUAAAAAGUGAUAAAUAAAAAUAGUCAAAUUUAAGGCCAUUAAAAGUGUUAAAUUUGGUCUCAGAGGUAUUAUUUUUUCCAAAUUAGGUAUUAUUUUUUUCAGACUAUCAGAUGUCGUAUUCUGAACAUCGACAUAGAAAUAUAUUCCGAAUGAAAUGUUUUGAACGAUUAUAAAAACAAAACAAGCCGAUUAUUUGCUCCUCCCACUUGCGCUGCCUUGAGUUGCAAAUGAAGCGCUCCUCCCAGUGUUGCCAAGUUAACUUAGCGACUUUGUCGCUAUUUCUAACAGCUUCUCAGACCCGCUUCUUGACUUUUUAAAUCUUAAAAGUACCUAGCGAACACCUCAGAAACAUCUCUGGUAACCCUUAGCUACUUUCUGGAUAACUGUCGUCGACAUUUCCUGCAGGUUAGCUAAACACUCCGUCUGCGCUCCGGACCGUUCUUCAGGACAUUAGGAAAGGGAAUGAUGUAGUGAUGUGUCGGUCGCUAAAGACAGCUCUCGGAGCCGGCUCCCUGUUGGAGUAACCAGAGUGUACACCUCACACGGACCCACGGUUGUCAUGCCAACAUGGUUCUGCUCCAGGAGAUUGUUCCUGACGGUCAGACCAUUCGAUGAAGGAGGCAAGGGAGUCCCGGAGGAUCUCCUCUUCUUCUACCAACUCCUCCGUCAAGGAUGUGGUCUGUUCAGGGUCGACCGGUGCCUGCUGGUGUAUCGUUACCAUGAGAAAGCCACCACUCAUUCUGUAACAGAAAAGACGAUUUGGAAGCUACGCGUCGACUUCCUACAGGAGAGAGUUCUCAGCCAAUGGGAGAAGUUCACCAUAUGGAACGCCGGGAAACAGGGCCGGAUGCUGUACCGAAGCCUGAACCCGAUAAAUCAGAAGAAAGUCAGGUGUUUCUGUGACGUGGAUGAAAACAAGAUCCAGAAAGGUUUCUACACAUAUGAGGAAUCCAAGGAGAGACCAAAACCUAAAAUCCCAGUUCUGCACUACAGAGACGCCACCGGUCCCUUCGUUAUCUGUGUUAAGCUGGACAUGACGGGGGGCAUUCUGGAGGAAAACCUCAACUCUUUGCAGCUGAAGGAAGGAGCAGAUUAUUACCAUUUCAACUGAGCGUGUAGAGUGAUGCAUAAAACCACAAGAGUCCCGCAGGUUAAACACGCUGAGGAAUGCAAAGAUCUGAUUCAUGGACUCGUAAACACGAACCGAGCAACAGCCGGGGUGUAACAAACACUGCAGCGAUUUGAAAUGUUCAAGAGUCUUUUUUUUAUUUGUGUAAAGUCAUCAUAGAAUAGAUGUCAGCUUGAACUUCUCUGCUUCACUCUCAAACCACAGGCUGAGGGUUGUCACGCGUUUGAGGGGAAAGACUUUUGUUUUUAUUUUUCUGGAUUUUCACUUUUUUACAUCAGCUUCAUGUGGUAAAUGUUAAGUUUAGGACGCUGCAGGCAGGAGCUGUUUUGUUCAUCUCAGGCUGGAAAUCUGCACCAGAGCCCUGCACGGGCCUAAAAUCUGAGCUUGUGUCCGGCCCGGCCCGAGGGGGUGGAGCCCCAGCCUGACCCGGUCCGAAAAGGUUUUCAGGAUUCUCUGGCCCGACCCGAGCCCGGCUUUUUUUUUUUUUUUUUUACCUUUCAUAAUGUUUUAGUGUGAUAGAAUGCUCAGCGUUCUAAUUAUCUGUGAGAAGCGUUCUGCAGUAAAAAAACAAAGAAAGAAAAGAAAAGAAACAGCAUCAAUGCAGCUUUUUUUUCUAACAGAGUGUAUUUUUCGAGCGGCAGGUCAAAUUUACAAACACUAUAUUAAUUGGAUGCGUUUGUAAAUUUAAUCUGCUCUGAAAAUGCGCUCUUGUGCAGUUAGAAAAAAAAAGCAGCAUUCUAAUUUUCUAACUGCAGAGUGCAUUUUCAGAGCAGCAGAUUAAAUAAACGCCCCCAAUUAAUAAAGCGUUUGUAAAUUUAAUCUGCCGCUCUGAAAAUGCGCUCUCCGGUUAGAAAACCCCCAGCAAUGAAUGCUGUAUUUUUUUUACUGCAGAGCAAAUUUAUUCACAGAAAAAUAGAUUGCUGCCGUUUUCAUGAGAAUAAACGAACGGUUUCUGACAUCAAAGUGGACAUAACAUGGCUUAUUAGAAUAGGGGCACAUGUUUCAAUCAGCAGUUUGAGAAUUUGUUUAUAUAGGCGCAUUUAUAAACCACACAGACCUUAACUGAGCUAACGGGUGCAUGAGAAGCAGGCAGGUGCUGCUGCGUUCAAGUGUUUUUUUUUUAUUAAUUCGAUUAAAAAUAAAGGCGUCCGGCCCGUGUCCGAGGUAAUUACACAGUCGUUGGCCCGAAGCCCGGCCCUCGGGUCGUCGGGCCGGGCCGACCCUCGGGCCUAGGGCCGGGCCGACCCUAGGGCCGGGCCGACCCUCGGGUCGUCGGGCCGGGCCGACCCUCGGGCCUAGGGCUCCAGUGCAGGGCUUUAAUCUGCAGCAUCAACAACAACAAACAAACCUCAGUUUACUUUUAAUCAUGAGCUAAAUACUACAUUUUAUGAAACUCACACCUAAUCAUAAAAACUAGAGUCUGGUAACAAGACAACAUUAAAUUUACCGUAAUUUCCGGACUAUAGAGCGCAUCUCAAUAUAAGCCGCGCCGGGCUAAAAGCUGCAGAUAUCUACUGAAUUGAAAACGUAGUUUAACUGAACGUAACUGAACUGAUCAGUAUCAAACAAAACAGAAAAGUUAUUGAUUAGUUUAUUCAUCGUCCUCCUGUGCACUGAAACCACUGAAGUCAUCAUCUUCAGUGUCGGAGUUGAACAGCCUCAGAAGAGCUUCGUCACACACCUUUUCUGUGGCGAUGUCAGUGUCGCUGUCCGUGUUGCUGUCAUCAUCCCGGGGUGAAGCUGGGAAAACAAGCAGCGCCGUUUUACUGUGAACAAAAUCCUCCUGGGCGCUUUCCGUAGCGCUCCUUUAACCAUUCCUUCAUUAGACUUUACAGCAUCCAUCUUGUCUGGUUGGCUAAAGCCGCACCUCAUUAUAAGCCACAUGGUUCAAAGCGUGGGAAAAAAGUAGCGGCUUAUAGUCCGGAAAAUACGGUAAUUGUACUGUGUGGAUAAAAAGUAUGAGAAAGUUACAUAAAAUAGUUGGUUUAAGAAGCUGCUGUGGGUCACAAUAUUUUCAUAUUUUUUUUAAUUAAAAAGAAAAUCUGAAAUUCA